ACCACUUCGGCGUCUGUACCCCAGAUCUUGAAGAUGGUUCUUGGAACUCUCAACAACUGUACGAUCAGGAAUUAUGACUCCUAAGAAGACGAAGGUUUCGAUGCCUGGAGUGGCUGAGGGGAAAGAACUGAUAGGAAUUUCAAUUGACGACGAUGUUUCAUCUGAGGAUAGAGUCAAGGGAUUAUUUUUCGAUUCAUUGAGCGAGGAUAUAUACCAAGGCUGGGCAGCAUCAAUGUUCCGCUCCGAUCUCAAACUCCUCUCCGCGUCCAAGAACCCCGGCAAGACAGUAUUCAGAUACGUCGUCAAGCCAGAACACUGCAACCGACUCGGGAACCUGCACGGUGGCUGUACCUCGACCAUUUUCGACGCCGCAACAACCACAGCCUUAGCACCGAUUGCAGAACCCGGCUUCUGGGUCUAUGCAGGCGUCUCCCGAACCUUGAACGUAACGUACAUUCGUCCUAUCCCUGCGGGCGAGGCGGUGUUAGUUGAAAGUGAGGUCGUGCAUGCUGGAAAGAGACUUUGUAGUUUGAAGGGUGUUAUGAGAAGGGAGAGAGACGGGGCUAUUAUGGCGACUUGUGAGCAUGGGAAAGUCAGUAUUGAUCCCGAGAUACCGAAGAUAUGA